AUGGAAGACUCUCAUGCUGAUGCCUCAUUGUGUAUUGAGGAUGACGAUGCCGAUGCGCCGUUCCAUGACGCUACUGGAAGAAUUGGGAAAUGGGUUCAAAUGAUCCAAACGCCUCGAAAACCUCAAGCUUCCGCGCAAUACGACUACCAAAAGCUGCAACAAUCUGCACAGCAUAGUCGAUCACCCAGAUGGUUGAUAACUACCGGCAUGCACAAUCUCUAG